AUGAUGGAGAAGAGGAGCGGCCAGACGCCCAAGGUUCCCGCGUCCAGAUUCAAUAUUGAUGCACACUUCCAUCCGAAUAAUGAUCGUCCUGGUAGCUUUGGCGUUCUCGGCGGUUACUUUCUCAACGAAACAUUGCAAGAAUUCGAUCCCGGGUUCUUCGGUAUCACACCAGUUGAAGCUACAUGGAUGGAUCCGCAACAGCGAAAACUCCUCGAAGUCGUCUACGAAGCCUUCGAGUCAGCCGGUCUGACUCUCGACCAGCUCUCUGGAUCCGAUACGGCCUGCUUUAUGGCCACCUUCACUGCCGACUUCCAGCAGAUGUCUUUCAAGGAGCCUUCCUUCCGCCACAGCUUGGCAGCUACCGGUGUCGACCCCGGUCUUCUCAACAACCGAGUCAGCCACGUCUUCAACCUCCGAGGCCCUAGUAUUGUUGUCAACACGGCGUGUUCCUCUUCUGUCUACGCUCUGCACAACGCAUGCAACGCGCUCCGAACCCACGAGUGCUCCGCUGCAGUCGUUGGUGGCAGUAACCUCAUCCUCACUGUCGACCAGCACAUGAACACAGCCAAAUUGGGCGUGCUGUCGCCAACAUCGACUUGUCACACUUUUAAUAGCUACGCCAACGGCUACGGGCGUGCUGAGGGUGUCGGCGCCAUCUACCUCAAGCGCCUGAGCGAUGCUGUGAGGGAUGGUAACCCCAUUCGCGGAGUCAUACGGUCAAGUGCUACUAACAAUAAUGGAAAGGCAGCAGGUGUAGGAAUUACAUAUCCUGGCUUUGAUGGACAGAGAAACGUCAUGAGACACGCCUAUCAGCGCAGCGGACUGGACCCUAUGCUCACUGGGUAUUUCGAGUGCCACGGAACCGGAACAGCCAUAGGCGAUCCACUCGAAGUCCACGCAGUAUCUGACAUUAUGAACGCUACAAGGACAGAUGCAGAUGGGCCACUGAACAUUGGCGCCGUUAAAACGAGCAUUGGGCAUUCUGAAGCGGCCAGUGGGCUGUCUGCAGUCAUCAAGGCCAUCUUGAUGGUGGAGAGAAGCAUCAUACCGCCGACUCAUGGUGUCACUGAGUUGAACCCCAAGAUUGACUGGAAAGGAUGGAAGGUUCAUGUGCCUACAGAGGCAACUCCUAUGCCCCGACACUUGCCAGUCAUGCGAGUGAGUGUCAACUCUUUCGGGUACGGCGGUACAAACGCCCACACGAUUGUCGAAAGCCCCAAGUCUCUGCUCAGUAUUCCCCAAAAUUACAGGUAUUCGAUGCCCGGCCAGAGCACGAAGACCAAGUUGGCACGAGGAGCAGUCAAUCGAAGCCGACCAUACCUGCUGGUAUUUUCAGCCCACGACGCUGGAGCUCUGAAGCGCAAUGCCAUAGCUCAUGGCAAGGUUGCCGCCAAGUACAGUCUGCUCGACCUGUCUUUCACUCUUGCCAACCACCGUACGCGAUUCCAAAGCAAAGGCAUGGUAAUUACGACACCCAGCACCUUGCAGAACACCUUUACCGACGAUAUGCCUGGCUUCAUAGUCGGGAAGAAGAAUGAGACAGCACGUACGCUUGGUUUCAUUUUCACCGGCCAAGGAGCGCAAUGGGCAGGCAUGGGUGCGCAGCUUAUCACGCUCUACCCAACAUUCCUCAAGGCAAUUCGUCGUAUGGACUUGAUACUUGAGGAUCUGGGAGACGCCCCCUCCUGGACACUAGAGGAGUGUCUGCUAGAGAACCAACCUACCUCUCGUGUCGGAGAGGCUGAGUUCUCGCAGCCUCUUUGCACCGCUGUUCAGGUCGCUCUGGUACAGCUGCUCAAGGUCUGGGGUAUUCACCCAUCAGUGACUAUAGGCCACUCUUCAGGCGAGAUUGCUGCUGCAUUCACAGCCGGAUACAUCUCGGAAGGUGAAGCCAUCCUAGCAGCCUACUACCGUGGGCAAGCUGUCAAGUGCAUCGGCUCAGCAGGUGCCAUGAUGGCUGUUGGUCUUGGUACUGAAGCCAUUACACCAUACCUUGAAGCUCACCAGCCCAGGGUGGUCAUUGCAUGCCACAACUCGCCUGAAGGUGUCACUCUGAGUGGCGACGUUGAGGUGCUCAAGGUGCUAGAGGCGGAUCUCAAAGCCGAGGGAACCUUUGCCCGCAUCCUGCAUACCAACGGAAAGGCCUACCACUCGCACCACAUGCUCUCAGCAGUGGACAGAUAUGAAGGACUCCUACGAGACUCUAGGGAAAACGGCCUUCCUAGACUCAUGUUUGACAGGACUAAGAUGGUCUCAUCUGUGACAAACUCGUUCCUCAAAGAGAAUACCGUACUUGACGAAAAGUACUGGAGUGCCAACCUCACGAGCCCCGUGCUUUUCAACCAGGCUGUGCAGACUGCUCUCGCACGUAAGGAUAUGGCAAUCGACACACUGAUUGAGAUCGGUCCUCAUUCUGCUCUAUCGGGGCCUAUACGGCAAAUCAAGGUACACUUGAGCGCUGACAAAGUCCAAUAUCUCCCAACGCUCAUCCGGGGCGCCCGGUGCGCCGAGCAGGUCCUCAAGCUCGCCGGUGAACUGUUCCUUCGUGACUAUCCCAUUGACCUGCAUCGCAUCACAGCAAUUGAGGAGCUAUCUCCGUCUGGAAAGAUCACCUCGCGACGAGGUCAUCUCAUUGUGGAUCUUCCCCCUUACCAAUGGGACAAAGCCAAGAAGUUCUGGGCUGAAUCUCGUGAGAGUAAGGAGCACCGCUCACCGCGCUUCCCACGUCAUGACAUCCUUGGCCAGCUUACUAUCGGUAGCUCCUUGAAAGAGCCAACAUGGAGGAAUGUGCUGCGUCUCAAGGACCUUCCCUGGCUCCGCGACCAUUCCCUGGGCGGAGAAGCAGUCUUCCCAGCGGCCGGUUAUCUCUCUAUGUCUAUGGAAGCCAUCACGCAGCUCAAUGAAAUGUCAGAAGCUCCGCUAGAGAUUGACUCAUACAUCUUCAGGGAUAUCAGUAUCCAGCAAGCCCUCGUGACUCCAGAUGACGACGACGGUAUCGAGACACUGUUUAACAUGAGGCCUUCGAGGCUCAGCACAGACGAGACCAUGCGAUGGUGGGAUUUCAACACCUCAUCGAUAUCUACCGAAGGGCACGUCAAGAACCAUAUGACUGGCAGGAUCCGCAUAAACACGAACAAGCGUCCAGCCCUCGCCAGAACUGUACCCAAUCUACCUCAGCGCGCCUCGGGAAAGCUCUGGAAUCAAGCCUUGAAAAAGGUUGGCUUCAACUAUGGUCCUACGUUCCAAGAUAUGGAUAACAUCACGUUUGAUGGCAUCUCAUACUGUGCUCAGGCCACGACCAACAUCAAGACGUCUGUCAUGAAGGAUGAGUCUCGCCACGUAGUUCAUCCAGCCAUUCUUGACUCCUGCCUCCAGCUCAUGAUCGUCGCCAUCUGGGCCGGUCGAGCCAGCGCGAUGAAGUUCGGCGCUGUUCCCGUCACCGCCGAAGAGAUCGUUGUUUGGAAGCCAACGCAAGCUCAGCUAGAUGGGAGUUCCAGUGCGAAGGCCUUCUCCUGGAUUGACCCCCGUGGCCAGAGGCUUUUUAAUGCCCACAAUCAGCUGUUAGCAAGCGACGGGCAAGUCCUAAUGGAGAUCAAGAGCAUGCAGUGCACUGCUUACGAGGCUGCCAUACCGCAGAGCUUAGAAGACGUCACUCGCCCACAGCCUUAUAGCCAGAUUGUCUCGAAGCCAGACCUCUCGCUUCUCAGAGGUAGCCAGAGCCACCUAUCACUUGCCGACUUUAUUGAACUCGCUCAGUUCAAGAAACCGGCAUUGAAGGUGUUGACUUCGGACCCGGCAACUGCUACAGCUUUCCUGGCAAGACUUCCUGAGCUUUGCCUUACAGUAGCCACAGAUGCUACUCAUACCUCUGAUGUCACUGAUGAGCUGAGCAGUUUCACAACCGUAUCUGUGGAACCCUUGGUGCUGACGGCUGAUCUGACGGCGCAGUCUCAGGAGAAGCUCAAGUGCUCUUUUGACAUCGUCGCUGCCCCUAGCACGUCUCUCCAUGAGCUUCAGAAUAUCUCCGAACUUCUCUCAGAAGACGGUUGCGCCGUACUAGGAGGGGAUAUGUCUGCUCUGACAGAACAAAGUCUGAGAGACGCCGGAUUCUCCGGUUUUGAAUCAUUCUUGGGAGAGUCCUUAUUCGUCACUCGUAUCGAAAAGACCAGCAACCCUACAGCAGCACCCAUCCAGCUACUAUAUCACACUGAUCCUCCAAGCUGCGUAUAUGGUUUGGAGCGUGAGCUUGAAGAGGUGGGUUUCAAGACUGAGCGCUUGAGGCUAGGCGAGACCUGCCCAGCUGGAGCCAAUGUGAUCGCCUUGGUUGAUCUUGAAGCCCCUCUUAUGGCCAGGAUGUCGAAAGACGAGUUUUCGCACAUCCAGAAGAUCCUAAGUGAGGCUUCCAAAGUGUUAUGGAUGUCUUGCAGCGAUGCAUCGAAGGAUACGACUCGCCCCGAGUAUGCGAUGAUGGCAGGGCUCCUGCGAUCCCUUCGUUCUGAACGAGCUUCUCUUAAAGCAACACUUGUGGACUUUUCCAUUGAUGACCUUGCUUCUGAUGCAUUUGGCACAAGAACAUCAGAUCUCGCAUCGGUCUUCUUUACUGGUGGGCAAGAACUGGAGACGGAGUACAUUUCCAAAGACGGCCAGCUCCUCAUCAACCGACUUGUUCCAUUAGACAGGAUCAACGAGAGAUACGCUCUCACUGACGAGGAGACCCAGCCCCAGCCCUUUGACCCAGAAGCUAGACUGGACGGUAAGAUUGACUCUGGAAAGGUUGUAUUCUCUCACUGUAACGCCGAUGGGGCGGCAUUGCAACCCACCGAGGUAGAGUUCCGAGUCAUAGCAACAGGUCUUACCGAUGAAGACAAAGCUGUCAUAUCAGGCUCCUCUCCCGGCCCUGACUUCAGCCAUGAGGCCUCUGGCAUCGUGACACGGGUUGGGAAUGCCGUUACAAGGGUGUCGCCCGGCGACCGUGUGGUGACCUUCAGUGCAGGCAGGCUGUCAAGCUUUCAGCGCGUCUCGGAGUAUCUUGUACAAGGGCUCCAUGGUUCCGAAGACCAUGAGGCUACUGCAGGUCUCCCGAUGUACUAUGGUCCUGCUCUCUAUGGUCUCGAGACACUUGCAAAGCUCGAGCCCAAGGAGUCUGUUCUUGUACUUCCCGGCUCAGGAAUCCUUGGAGGAGCCGCGAUCAGAGUCACACAAGCGCUCAGGGGUCGAGUUUACGUCGCAGUCGGGAACGAUACCGAGGCCGAAGAGGUGCAGAGUUCUUUUGGCCUUUCUAGAGACCAGAUUUUGGUUCACUAUACUCCUGAGCUCCUUCACGAAUACGAAAUCGACGUGGUGUUCUCGGGCAGUUCAGUCGAGCCAGCAAUAUCACAAGAGUCGUGGAGAAAUAUGCCGGCCUUGUCACGAUUUGUGAACUGUGGCAAGAUGCCUGUAGGCUCGUCCUUGGACUCUGCGUCUGCCUCCCGCGGAGCAAGCUACCUACCAGUCAACCUCAUUGGCCUCUUCAAGCGGCCUCAGGUUCUUGGUCGACUCCUUGAGCGUAUUAUGAGACUCCAUAGGGACGGCUUCCUCCCUGUCCCACCUUUGACCGUUAGCAGUAUUUCGGACAUCAACAGCUCAAUCGUCCUUUCCUCUGCUCUCAACAGCAGCGAAACCAUCAUCACCCAUACAAAGGGUAGCACUGUAAACGUAACCCGCACCCCUCCACGCCUUGAGUUGCACUCGGAUGCCACUUACCUCCUCGUGGGAUGUCUCGGUGGCCUGGGGCGUAGCCUCACGACGUGGAUGAUGAAGCGAGGAGCGCGGAACUUUGCAUUUCUGUCUCGUUCGGGAACGGAUUCUGAGCAGGCUGCCCUUUGCGUCCGGGACCUGGAAGCCCGAGGUGCCCGGGUGCAAGUCUUCAGAGGCGAUGCGGCUAUCAAGGAAGAUGUCGAAAGAGCCUUAGUCUCGAUACCAUCCGAUGCGCCUCUCCGUGGUAUCGUGAAUGCUGCCAUGGUCUUGCGAGACGGCCUUUUCCAGAACAUGAGUUACGAAAGCUGGACAAGGUCCAUUCAGCCAAAGGUCCUCGGUAGUAAGUACCUUAAUGAAGCAACAGCCAAUUUGCCUCUGGACUUCUUCCUCAUGACUAGUUCUGUGUCUGGAAUCCUUGGAACCCCAGCUCAGGGUAACUAUGCGGCUGCAAACUCCUACAUGGAUGCACUUGCUCGCCUGCGUCGCUCUCAAGGCAAACCUGCGUGUGCAGUCAUUCUCCCCAUGGUUCUCGGAGUGGGAGUAGUUGCUGAGAAUCUGGACCUCGAGAACUCGCUCACUCGCAAGGGUAUGUAUGGCAUUGACGAGGAGGCUCUACUGGACGCUUUCGAGGUGUCAAUCUUGGAGCAACAGCGUCAACAAGAUGAUGGCGCCAGCUUUGAUCAUCUUGUCGUCGGCCUUGACCCUGCCGAGCUCCACAGGGCAAGAAAACAGGCUGACGGUGAUGUUGAUGCUUUCUGGGCCGUGGACCAGCGUUUCUCUAUCCUCCUUGACAGUAUGAAUCAACUCGACGGCGCGAAUCAAGGCGAUGGAGAAGCAGGCUCAAUUCUAUCCCGGGUCAAGGCUGCCGACUCACCAGCGCAAGCCGCUUCCCUGGUGCGCGACCAUUUCAUCGCCAAGCUGGCCAGGGUGCUUCUUCUCGACGUAGAGGAGUUCAGUGAUGAAAGCUCUGGACGGUCGAUCGCGAGUCACGGCAUUGAUAGCAUGAUUGGUGCCGAGCUACGGAAUUGGAUCUUCAAGGAAUUGGGGCUGGAUAUUGCUUUCCAGCAACUUCUGAGCCCAUCUUUAACAAUUACCAAGUUCGCUGAGCUUAUCUGUGUUUCUCAAGGUAUUUUUGUGGAUGUUGUAUAG